CGAUGGGCAGUCACCGGCUCUGCACAGCAUCCGUUUAGUUUUCUAUCUGUGUUUCUCUGUGCAUCAGAUUUGCUAUUAUUUCCUGCAAAAUUUUCCCACCAUGAAUUUUUUGGUCCGCACAAUGCAAGGUAUAGAAUAAAAGCGAAAAGUGGAAACCCAUGAACAUUUCAAAUCCUUCUACUCGGCUUAGAAUGGCUAGGAAUAUGCCCCAAUGGGUGAAUAAAACAGGUGUAAGCGGGCAUCCACCACCACCUAUUCCUAAAGAAGGAAAUAGUGCAACAAAAUCAGGACCUAAAAAGAAACCACCAAUAGAAGAGCCAGAAUAUGAAGUAAUAGAAUUUGGACAAUAUUGUAAUACACCCCCGUUACCAGUUAAAAUUAAUAAUAAAAAGAAAGAAGAUGGUAAUCAUUGCCAGUUAUGCGGAUCAUCGAUGCCAAGUGUGCGGUGUGAAGAAUGCAAACAAAUAUUUUGUUUAUCAUGUGACGAUAUGUACCACAGACACCCAAAGCGCCAAACACAUACCAGACGACGAUUGGAACAGACUAUCCGACCACCCCUUCCACCAAAAGGAGAGCCUUUUUUAGCCCCUGUACCUCCUCCUCGACGUCACAGACGAGCUGGAUCAGCUGGACCUUCCCCAUGUCAAAGUCCUAUACCAGGAAGACAUGCUCAGGUUAGCAGAUCGUCUACGUUACCAAGAAAGGACAAUGGUUUCUCAUUAAAGGAUAAAUUAUCAAAUUUAAAACGUGGUAUGCUGGGAAAUCGGCCUCUUCCUCCAACGCCUAGCUCUCCACAAUCUGAUGUAUCAAGUCCAACAGAUCCUGGAAGGCGCCUUGUCCCCAGUCCCAGUCCAUCUUUACAACAACGUUAUAGACAACAUCAGUUAGCAAUGAGGGGAACAUCUUCAAAUCUAUCAGAUUUCGAUCAGAAUUCAAGAGACAGUGGAUACCCAGAUUGGGAAGUUGAUCAAUGGAAUGGUAGAGGGAGAACGGGAAGUGUAUCAGGAGCAAGCGAUAUUGGAAGAAGAAUGCAAAGAAAAAUGAGCAAUAUGUCAUGCCCUCCAUCUGAAAGAGCUGUUUCACACAGUUCGUCUGUUUUCGAUUUAAACAAUCCAAUGAUGCAUCAUCAUCACCAUCCUGGAUUUAUGCCUCUGCAACAGGCUCAAUCUAUGGCGAAUUUGAAUUAUCCAAAUCCUUGUUGUCAAGUACCUUGGGCGAACCAAUUCGGAUACGACCAACAGCACCAUGGAAGCAACCUAAGUUUAAAUAUGCCACCUGGUUAUAUGGUAAAUCCUGGAUGGAUGGGACCAUGGCAUGGCGCUCCCACUGCACCCAUGUAUCCAUAUCCUGUUCCAAUGGCAAACAUGCAUCCUGGUAUUCAACCAUACAACCAUUCACGGCCAGCGUCCCCAACGCAAAGCAUCAAAUCUAGAAAAUCGACAUUAAGUCGAAAGAGUAGGAAAAAAUAUAAAGAAAUUGAAGACACUGACGAUGAAGAUAUGGACUUGGACGAUCGAAGAUCGAAUUUUAGUCACAUGGAUAGGAGUGAAAGAAAAUCAUCGCGUGGAAGGUUUGCGAUCAAGGACAAGCCUUCGAGAGAAACGAAUUCGAUGUCUAGGGAACUUCUAAGACGCAGCAUUGACAGAAGAGACUCUGUUCCACGAAGUAAACAAAGCAUACAUACUCCGUCUAGUGAUACAGAUGAUGAGGACUCGACAAGUAGUAACCGUAAUCAUUUAAAAGUUGAUAGUAUAAAUGAGGAAAAUGGAUCAGAAUACGACAAUGUCAAUACAGUAGAGAAUACAAAAUCGUUUGAUGAAAAAUGGGAAUGCGAACAUUGUACUUUUGUCAACGAAGCAGGUACGCGAGUUUGCCAGGUAUGCUGCAAAACCUCAAACGCAAAUACGGUUAAGAAAGAAGGAAAUUUUAAAGAUCAAACGCAAAAUAAAAACAAAUUAGAAUUAAAAGACCACGUUCAAGCAAAUAUAUCUAGUGACGAUUUCAGCAGAGAUUUUAGUGAAACCGAAUCUUUAUUGAAUAAAUUAGGCAAACUGAAAACUUCUUCUGAUCAAGAAAACAAGUCGCAGUUAGACGUCAAGAAAGGAGAAGAAGAAGAGUCCUUUUCGCAACCAAAAGUGAUCGAGAUGGUACUUACUAAUAACGCUGAGAAUGUCUCAACUAAUUUAUCUAUGGAAACAAAAAGUGUGGGAGUGUCUUCUUUAAGUGAUUCUAGUGAAGUGCAAAAAAAUACAAUAUCGCAGUGCUCUUUUGAAAGAGAUAAAGACAAAAAGACUGAAAAGACUGUGGUAUCAACUUCAACGGGAACAUCUCCGCCUCCACAGAAUAUGUCCACUCAGACGUACGAAGAACUUCCCGUAGACACAAACAAUGCAAAAAAGCAUUCUGGAAGACUAUCUAGUCGCAGUCGUCGUUAUAAUUUGAAAAGAUCGCAGUCUUUGCAUUCUCCCGCCUCACAAGGAUAUUCAGAUUGGUCGCCAAUCCAUAGAUCCCCGAGUAGAAUGUCUUGUACAUCUGAUUCACAGAGUUUACCAGGUAGUAGAGAACCAAGUCCAAUCCCAUACGAAGAAGAUUUACCGUUCGACAGGUAUCGUCAUGUGAAACAACGACCACCACAUCCUGAUAUCAGAUUAACCCAUAGUAUAAUGGAUCUAAGAAAACCAGAACUGUACCGAAGACCAAGUCAGAUAGAUCUCGGAUAUUACAGGAUGGACGAUUUCAAUCCAAGUCACUUACGACCCGAAACCUUUCAGCGUCCUCUCGAAAGAGACUUUGUGAGGCCAACCGAAAAUGGUCACGAUAAUUUUAGAGCUUCAGGAAUGGAAUUAGUUAAAUUACUAAGAGAAGCUGAACAAUACAAAUAUACCGCGGAUGAACUUCAAGCAUCCUUACUCCAUUGUAAAGAUAAACAUCCCAUCGAAUGGUUAAAAGAACACUGGGAAAAAACUAUAUCCAGUGUUCAAACACUAGCUACCCAAAUGGGACGCGAAGGACCAAUUAAUAUUGUGGGUACGGUUUCUGAAACAGAAGCUAGAGACGCUUUGAGGAAGCAUAAAGGAAAUUUAUGGCCAUCGGUAGAAGAAUGUGUUGAACAGCGUCAAAGAAAGUACGCAGAUUUGGCCUCACGAGGUGACUACAGCAGAGAAGAUAUUAUCACAGCUUUAACUGCUAAUCACGGUGACUUGGAAGCUGCUUACAACGAACUGAGUAAAAUGCAACUAAAACCGUUUCUAAUGAGAAUAUGGGGUCCUCCGGUGGGCAACGAUAACGAGGCAGGUAACGAGGGGGUCAACUUAAAAGCUAUAGGGGGCGAAGAUAUAUCCGCGAGUGAUAAAAUGGCGAAAACAGAAACAAAAGCGGUAAGUAAUAAUGCCCCUGUUAGUGACAGUAGCUCCCCUCAAGUAAGUACCUCAGAAAACUUAUUGCCCAAUAGUGUAGAAACAAGUAGCAAAUUGAAAAAUGAAAAUACAGUUUUGGAUAACAUUGAAAGUGAAAUUUUAAAAAGUCUAGAAGACAUAAAAAAUUUAAGCAUACAUUUAGACAACCAAAGAGAUAAUAACAUUAAUGCUAUAGAAGAAUCGGAUAGAAGCAAAGUGAAUUUAAAAGAGGUUGUUACGGAAAACUUAGAAGAAAAAACAACUAGUGAAAGUACAAAAAAUACUAAAGAACUAGUAAAACAAUCUGUAGAAAAUUUAAAAAACUUACAGGAAAACGAAAAUAAUGUAGAGAAUGAUACAAACAAUAAAGAACAUAAAAAAGGAAAACAUAAAGCUUAUGUAGAAAAAAGCAGUACAGUAAUUCACGUUACUGACGGUAAUUACAUACCACAAACAUCGAACGAAGGUUUUCAGUCACCUUCUACUUCUGAUACUGAGAGUAAUGAUGAUUUACAAAAUCAUGAAUUUUUGGACGCAUUAGAUACUAAUCCUGAGAUUAUCUUCAAAGAAGCAUUAACCUCUGAUAGAGAAAAUGAAGUUUCAAAAGAUGAUUCAUUAACGAAAGUACCUAAAGAAACUAAAAUAAAUAAUUUAAAAAGAAAAAACAGCAUAUCAACAUUAAAUAUAGUUCUGAUAGAUAAAAACACUCAAAUUGGAGAAAAUGCACACCAAGUGAGGGACGCUCCGUUAUUACAAAAUAAAUCAGAUGAAUUGUCAGUUGAUAAUGAAAUUUUAGAAAGUAAUGCUUCAAUUAUUUUAAAACCUAGAGUAUAUGAUCAACAUUCUGAACCGCUCCAUAAAUCUCAGACAACCUCAGCCACUACUAGUCAAUCAAAUUCAGUUAUUCAAGAUAAAAAUAUCAUCAACUCCAGUUCUUCAUCAAAUAGUAAAGAUGCGACUAAAAUAGAAUCAACUGCACACAAUUCAAAUUCUGAUCAUCUCCAUCAAUCUCAGUCAACCUCUUCCACAACUGCUAGUCAAUCAAUUUCAACUAUUCAAGAUAAAAAUGUUAUCAAUUCAAGUUAUCCAUCAAAUAACAAAGAUGCUAUUGAAAUAGAAUCAAGGACACAAGAUCAAAAUUCUGAUUGUCUACAACAAUCUCAGUCAAUUUCAUUCACAACUGCUAGUCAAUCAAAUUCAGUUAUUCAAGAUAAAAAUGCAGUCAAUUCAAGUUCUCCAUCAAAUAACAAAGAGACGACUAUAAUAGAAUCAAAGGCACAAGAUCCAAAUUCUGAUGAUUUACAUCAAUCUCGACCAACCUCAUCCACAACUGCUAGUCAAUCAAAUUCAGUAAUUCAAGAUAAAAAUAUCAUAAAUUCCAGUUAUCAACCAAAUAACAAUGAUUCUACUAAAAUAGAAUCAACGGCACAAUAUCCAAAUGUUGAUCGUCUCCAUCAAUCUCAGUCAACCACAUCCACGACUACUAGUCAAUCAAAUUCAGUUAUUCAAGAUAAAAAUGUCAUCUAUUCCAGUCAUCCAUCAAAUAGCAAAGAUGUGACUGAAAUAGAACCUAUGGCACAAGAUCCAAAUUCUCAGUCAUCUUUUGUUACAACUGCUAUUCAGUCAAAUACAGUUAUUCAAGAUAAAAAUGCCAUCAAUCACAAUUCAUCAAAUAACAAAGAACCUCAAAAAAAUAACGAAGUUCCUAUUGGCUUAAAUGAUCAAAUCGAUUUGGUUACAAAGAAGUCAAAUCCUCAACAAAAUGCUGAUUCCCGGGAAGAUUCCAUGGUUGCUAGUACACUUUUAAACAACAAUCAAAAUGAAAAUCUAGUAAAUAAUCUUCUUAAUUCUAAUACUCAAUCAUUAGAAGUCCAAUUGGUUCAAAACGAUCAAAUCAAGCAAGAUCAUUUACUUCAUGAUUCAGAAAUUGAACAAUUAGAAUCUAAUCAAAAAUCUACAGAUAAUAAAGAUCAAAAUAAUGACGCAACAAAUCGUCAAACAUUAGAUGUUAAUGAUGUUAAUGAUUCAACAAUAAUUUCAGACAACAGUAGUGCCCCAAUCGAACAGGUUACAGCUCAAAAUCAACUAACUGUUAAUCCUAUAGAAAAUUCAGCAAUAUUCAAAAAAGAUCCAUCUCCAAAUACUGAUACAACUUUUCAACAAGCUGCUUAUUUACCGGGAAAGAACUCAUUUAAAAUUAAGAGAAAAAAACAUGUAAAACGAAAAAACAGACCAGUUACAAGAAGUAGCACAUUAAAACAAAUAAAUAAAGACAGUAAUAUAGUAUUAAAUGCGCCAAUAAAUAAAAGUGAUUCUAACUCUUCUGAUGCAGAAUUACCAUUAUAUCAACAAAAAUGUGCAUCAAAACAUAAUGAGAAAAAUAAAUCAGCUACUUUAAAACCACAAGUUUCUCAAGAAAUAACGAAAAGUCCAAACGAAUCAAUAAAAGUUUCUACUCAAGUUCAAAUACCACAAAAUCAGUUAACAGUUCUUGCAGUAAGAAAACCGUCAAAAAUUCCGUUACUAAAACAACGUUCUGGAUCUCUAACUAAUAAUGGAGCUUCACAAUUAUCACAAACUCCUAAUAUCAGUAAAAUUCCAGUUCGAAAUGAUUCCUUUAAGCAAAAGAAAACAUUACCUACAGAAAUCCGCGAUGGAAAAAUAGCUAAUGAAGAAAGUAAUAGGAUAUAUACCGAUAAAGUUCAGGAAUAUUUGAAUAUGUUACCAGAACCAAGUACAUCUGUUAUAUCAAGCAAUAGCUCAUCACCAGAUUUACCGCAAACUAUUUCAGAUCAACCUACUGCAGAAAUUGCUCCUGCCGUUAAACCAACAAACAAGAUGUUAUCAACAAAUAGAAAUUCUUUCGAUUCAACUACAAGUUCUAAACAACUUUCUUACACCAAAUCAUUAGACAACGAUAGCGAAUCAUCUGUUUCCGAUAGUAACAUUGACGAAUUACUGGAAGGCGAAGAUAGUUUUGGCGACAACCGCGAUUAUGAAGAUAUAAUUGAAUCUGAAAGUGAAGACUACGAUGAUAUUGAAAGAAUUAACACGAACAUUGAAAAACUUAAUUACAACUUAAGCGUGGAUGAAGGAUUACUUGAGAAAGGCAAAAGAAGAGAUUUAAGACAUUAUAGCAUCGAGGAAACCUGCGAAUCAGAUGAGUACUCGGAAUCAGAAGAAGAAAUAGAAGUGGAAGAAGAAGAAAGUGAAGAGGGAAAUGAUGCGGAUAAAAAUUUGGAAAAUAGAAAUGAUGAUGAAGUAUUUAAUCAGAAACCCAUUACAGACAUCGAACAGUUACAGAGGCAAGCAAGAAUGUUUCUAGCAGAGGGUCAAGUGGAGACAUACGACCAAGCUGAAUUAGCAACAACCUUAAUGACAUUAAAUUUUUCUGCAGAAGAAGCACUCGAAGCUGUUAAAGACUGUAAUUCAAUAGACGCAGCAAUCGCUUUUUUACAACAGGACUGUGAAUUAUGUGCUGGAAAAUUUCCCAUGAAACAGAUAAUAUCAAUGCUAAAAUGCACCCAUAGAUGUUGUCAGGAAUGCGCCAAAAAUUAUUUCACCGUACAAAUAACGGACAGAAGCAUUAUGGAUUGCAAUUGUCCAUUCUGCAAACAACCAGAUCUAACCAGAGACGUCAAUGAAGAUGAUAUAACAGAAUAUUUCGGUAAUUUGGAUAUUCUCCUCAAAGGAAUUAUAGAUGAACCCGUACACGAGCUAUUCCAAAGGAAAUUAAGGGAUAGGACGUUAAUGCAAGAUCCUCACUUUAAAUGGUGCAUUCAGUGUUCUUCUGGAUUCAUUGCUCAUCCUCGACAGAAACGUCUCAUUUGUCCCGACUGCAAAUCAGUGACUUGUGCCAGUUGUAGAAGACCGUGGGAAAAACAACAUGAAGGCAUUACUUGCGAGAAAUUUGCAGAAUGGAAGGAGGCCAACGAUCCUGACAAUCAAGCUUCUGGUGUUACAAAGCACUUAGCCGAAAAUGGUAUAGACUGCCCCAAAUGCAAAUUCAAGUAUUCCUUAUCGAAAGGCGGUUGUAUGCACUUCACUUGCACUCAAUGUAAACACGAAUUCUGUUAUGGUUGUGGUAAACCUUUCAUGAUGGGAGCCAAAUGUACUGUAAGUCAAUAUUGUGCUAAAUUGGGACUCCACGCACAUCAUCCUCGAAACUGUCUCUUUUAUUUGAGGGACAAGGAGCCGCAGGAACUUGAACAACUUCUAAAGGAGAAUCAAGUGGAAUUUAAAAUAGUAACUGAAACAGAAGAAAAUGCAUCUGCAGCACUCAAAUGCCUUAUACCAUUACAGAAAGAAACGCCUAAUGGUUUGAUAGAUUCAGUUUGUAAUAAUGAAGUUCUUCCUAACCAAGCAGGUCUCUGUAGGCUACACUACAUCGAGUAUUUAGUUGGGCUCAUUGGCAGACAUAAACUAGAUCCGGUGCCGAUUUUGGAUUUGGUAGAGGUGAGUCAGGAACUGCGAAGGAGAGGCAGAGAGUUACCGGAACGAGGACCCUGGUGCGAUGAUCAAGAGUACAAAUCUAUGUGUGCAAAGAUUGUAAUGGACCAAAUUCCCCUGGAGUGAUAAUUACUUAAAUUUUUAAAAUGAAAAAACUUUCCAUAUAUAUGUUGUGUGUGUGUCAAUUUUAUACAGUGUACAAAGGAUUACUAAAAUAUAUCUAUUUGAGAA